UAAAACGGGACCUGAGAGAACUUUAUUAAUGUUAAUGAAAUGGAAGUUGAGCAGGACAGACAUCUGCUGAAAAGGAAAUUAACGAACAGAGAAUCAGAAUUUGAGGCUCGAAUAAUCGAACUUCAGAAUGAUAUCUCCGAGCUGACGGAGAAGAUGACCGUAAAGGAUCAAACAAUAAAGCAGUACGAACGCGAAAAGUCCGCACUUGUAGCCGAAUUAACCGCACAAAAUGCACGACUCACAACCCAACUUAAAGAAUCUAGUGCGUUGGAGAAUCAGCUUCAGCAGCAGUUGCUCGCGUUGAAGGAGCAAUACGCCUUGGAUAAAUCGAAUCUGCAGGAACACGUCAGCUCAGUGGACGGAUUGCGGGAUGAGUUGGAUCUGGCAAAGGAGAAGAGGAACGAUUUGGAGAGAAGGUUGCAACUCACAGCAUCCGAGCGCGAUAAUUUUGCCUGCGCUCUGGAGGAUGCGUCUGACAGAAUACUGUUGCUCGAGAGGCACGCAAGGGAGCAAGAUUUGCGAUACCAGCAGUCCAUCAAAGAUUACACUUUGCCGCAGGAGAAGUAUUCGAUCGAGGAACGAAUCAACACGGGUGAACAGCGCUCUUUAUUAGUAGAAAUGGACAUAUCGGAGCCGACGCUCUCGCAGGAAUGCAUGUCCGUCUAUCGGCAGUUGAGGUCUCUGUGUCUUCAAUUGAAAUCGCACAGCGACGACGACUCGGGUCUUCAUUCGGACUGUUCGACGAGCACCGAAGACGACAAGCAGUUCUCCGCAGGACUUCUAAGCGAGGUAGGACAAGAGCUGGUCGGAUUGGUGCUGGACACGGACGUGGUGAGGAUUCUGGAGAGGUUGGAUCAAGCUCGGAACGAGAUCCAAGAGAGGGACGUGGAGCUGCAGAGACGUGCGGACAAUAUCCGCGAACUCGGAACGAAAAUUUCCGUUUGCGAGGUAGAACUGCAAGCAGCGCUGGAGGAGAGGGAUCGAGCUCGAAACGACGCAUCCCACACGUCUCUCAAUCAGGACGAGGUGGUGUCGAAGGCUCGAGAAGUGAGGGAUACUGCGGUGACCAGGAAGAACAAAGCGGAAGUGGAGUUAGCCAAGACCCGCGUGGAAUUAAUGCAGGCCCACAGUCAACUUCUGGAAUCUAUCCAACAGAAAGUGGAGUUGAGUCAACAAUUGGAACAGUGGCAGAUGGACAUGCAGGAACUUCUGGACGAGCAGCUGAGGAACAAGCUGACAUCGCAGGAGAUCAAGAUGCAGCAGGAUGUAACAACAACCCCUGUUGCUCCACCCAGACGACGACUCCUUCAUCUUCCAUUCUUCCAACGAUAGCCCCACAUACCUUUUACGAAAGACUCUUCAUCCAGAGUCUUAGGAAAGUGUGUUUGAUUAUUUAUUGCAUUUGACACAAAAA